AUGCCGACCCCGACUUCCUUCUUGACCAUCCCCGGCGACGUCCUCGUCCUCAUCGCCUCCGAGCUCGCCGCCCUCGACCCCCUCGGCCCUCCAUCCCUCCUCGUCCCCCUCCUCCUCACUUGCAAGUCUGUCCACAGUGUCCUCUCUUUUCACAGUGCCCACCACCUCUACGCUCGCAUCUUCCGCGCCAGGUUCGACACCCGUGCCGCCUUCCGUCGCAUGGGUCCCCGCGCAAUGCGCAGCCACAACCUCGCCAUCCAGCUCAAGAGGGUCUCCCGCAUGCUCGCCCGUGUUCGUCGCGGCGACCUCGACGACCCCCACAUCGAGCAAGAUCUUUGGACGGCCUUCAUCAUGUGCACAGAGAACGACGGCAAGAACAGCAUCCAACUCGACUGGGCCAACGUCGAUGACUUUGUCCUCCGCUUCAUCUCCACAAAGCUCUGGGAGGACCGCAUACACAGCAACGGCUGGCCCGCGGAGAGCUCUGUAAAUGCACUGGCGAUUUGGGUGUACUGGAUGCGGCUUGACCAAGGUGCGUCUCCUCCCACAGAGACUGUCCUUGCUUUGAAUCAAAUCCCUCUGUGCUUAGCUAAACUCCAAUCUGCGAAUGCGGAUACGCGCAACCAGAUUCUCGACCUCAUCCGCCCGUAUAUGCUCACGGCGCUUCGUUACCCCAGCUUCCAUGCGCCCGACAACCAUUUCGACUUCCCUCUUCCGGAGGAGUUGCAAAACGAAUUUCCUUACACGCUCAUGACACCUCACGGAUUUUACCCGCUAUAUAGACAGCCAAUGGCCUUGCAAGAGACGUUCAGUCACUUUGGUCUCCCCCUCAUGAUCUCUGCACCUCUCAUCGCGCAGGGCGCGAAGCUUCUCUAUAUGACCCUCCAUCCGACACGUAUCCCGUACACGGAGGGACAGCCCACUAGCCGUGCUCACUCACUCCAGCUCGGGUUGACGCACGUCCAUCCCACACGCGACGAUGUCGAUGAAGCAAACGCUCGCAUGACGAUCUCCCUCGUCCCUCACGGCGAGUGGGACUGGCGUUCGAAGUUGAAGAACGACGAGGGGAUGCUAGAAGACGACGGUGUCUGGCGCCGCUCGCUCCUAUCGGUCAGCUCGAAAUGGGACAACGACUGGAAUAGGCUGACUGGUUGCUUCAACCCGUGGAUCAUUAACGAGCUCAAGGGCGUCGUGUACACCUACGGCACGCUGAACGGGCUCUGGCGCGGGCGGAUGCUGGUCCCUGAUAUGAGCCAGUAUAUAGAGCUGAUCACCUCGACCCAGUUUCCCUCCGACUUCUCCAUUACGAAACCGCGCAUGAUGACGUACCCGCUGUACAUGCGUCUGCGUGAACACCACUGCAUCAAUCCCGAGACUCCCACUGCCCCCGGCGGUAGCACGCAUCCCUACGACGAUGGGAUUUGCAAUGCCUGGUUUCCGACCGGCACACGUAUCCUUGACCUACAGGGCUGCGUGCGCGUGCUUGACGAGGCUGCCGGCGGGGAGAUCAGUACGUACGAGACGUACGUUGAGGGCAGGGAGAACUCGCAUAGCGAAGUGACAUGCACGCAAUGCAUCAUGCGGCGCGAGGACGAGGAGGCGGACCUGCGUGGGCGCGUGAGAGCGCACGUGCGUGCGGCGAGUGGGGAGGACGAAGACGAGGAGAUGGGUGAGCCAGGAGUCGAGCGCGGGACUGGGGGCGAGCGCGAGGGGGAGCGCGGAUCGGCGCACGCAUACGCGUCGGGCUCGGGCUCGCCCCCGCAUUCGCAUGCGGACUGGCGCCAGGAGGCAGAGGAGGUGCAGGCGCUGCGCGAAGAAGCGAAUGCAUUGUUGGGGCGGGACGUGGACGAGUUGCUAGACGAGGAGAUGGGGGAUGCGGAGACGGAGGACGAGUAUAUUGAGUCCUCGGACGACAGCGACGGCGAGGAGUGCAUCGUCAACACGUGUAACGGCGUGUGCGACAUCAUCGUUACGGGCGAGACUCUUUCGCGUCACGCACAGGCAUGGCACCAGUUCCGGUUCUACGGCCGUGUGCGCAAAUGGGACGGGCUAGUCGCGAUCGUCCGUGUGCCGGUGCUGUAUCCCCAGCUUGGGACGUUCAUCUUCCGCGGGUACGUUGUCGGAAAUCAGAACUUUGUCGGCUCUUGGCGCGCAUACACGAACAACCUCCACGCGAUCCCGUUCGAGGGCCCAUUUGCGAUGAGCAGGGCGCCGAUGACCUGA